AUGCACUUAUUGCCAAGCGGAAUAUGUUUUUAUUUAUCUGUAGCAAUCUGCUGGCUCACAGCUGAGAUCGAUGCGUCCUGGUGGUACAUGGGCACCCUGGGCUCCCAGGUGAUGUGCGACAACAUCCCUGGACUGGUGAAUAAGCAGCGCCAGCUGUGCCGCCAGUACCCCAAAGUGAUGCAGGCCAUCGGGGCUGGGAUGAAGGACUGGAUCUCAGAGUGCCAGUACCAGUUCCGCAACCACCGCUGGAACUGCAACACCACAGCCAGGGACCACAAUCUCUUUGGACGUCUGCUGCUACGCAGUAGCCGUGAGGUGGCCUUUGUCUACGCUAUCUCCUCAGCUGGAGUGGUUUACACACUGGCCCAAGCCUGCAGCCAAGGUGAGUUGGAUUCUUGCUCCUGUGAUCCCACCAAGAAGGGCUCAUCACAGGAUGCCAAAGGCUCCUUCAACUGGGGAGGCUGUAGUGACCAUGUGGAGCAUGCCAUACGCUUCAGCCAAGCCUUCGUGGAUGCCAAGGAGAGGAAGGAGAGGGAUGCCCGUGCACUCAUGAACCUGCACAACAACAGAGCUGGCAGGAAGGCUGUGAAGCGCUUCAUGACACUGGAGUGUAAAUGUCAUGGUGUCAGUGGGUCAUGCAGCAUCAGGACCUGCUGGUUGGCCAUGGCUGACUUCCGCCGCACAGGUGACCAUCUACGGAAAAGGUACAACGGUGCCGUGCAGGUUGCAGUGAAUCAGUAUGGCACAGGCUUUACGGCCGCUCACACACACUUCAAACGUCCCAGCAAGAAUGACCUCGUCUACUUGGAGGACUCACCAGACUACUGCAUACGGGACCACGAGUCAGGGUCGAUGGGGACAGGUGGGCGGGUCUGCAACCGGACAUCCCGAGGUGUAGAUGGCUGCGAAGUGAUGUGCUGUGGCCGUGGCUACGACACGUCUCGCAUCAGCCGCACAACCAAGUGCGAGUGCAAGUUCCAGUGGUGCUGUGCAGUCCACUGCCGUGACUGCCACCAGCAGGUCGACGUGCACACCUGUAAGGGCCAGACGUGA